AACAAGUCAAACUUUUUCUUCUGAGUGUAGGGCUUGUAACCUGCCAACCAACCCGCCCCGCCUGCGUGUGACGUGCGAAGCGUUCCAACUAACUAAACCCACGUCACGCGUGAACGCUUUUAUAAUUAACAUCUCAUUUAAAGGGAAAAAUAAAUAAAUACAAAGAAAACUCUUUUGCGAGGAGGAAUUAUUAUUCAUGAAGAAGAUACGAUAGAAAAGGACAACGAUGUCGAAAGCCGCCGUGAGGAGGUUCCACUGGCGCAGCAAAAUUCAAGAGAGUCUGGUGCCUCUAAACGAGGCCUCGGGCGAGAUGGGCGUGGCCCUAGGGGGCGGGGCUGACCACGGGGAGUUCCCCUUCAUCCUGGAGAUCCGGGGGUGCGAGGCCCGGCUGGGAGACCUGGUCCUGGAAAUUGGGGAGACCCCCGUGCUGGGGCUGACGCUGGGGGACGUGAACGGGGUCCUGCACAGCUGCCCCCACCCCGUCUUCAUUAAGACAGUCCCUCCAGGGCCCAGCCUCUGUAAGGACUUGUGUCUCUACCUCAGUAAAUGCUUCACUCCCGGGUCUGUGGACAGCCAGCUGCAACAAGUGAUCAGAGAGAAUCUUUACCUGAGAGCUCUGCCAUGCACGACCAGACCGCUGCGGGACGGGGAGAUCGCCGGGGUGGAUUAUAAUUUUGUAAGCAUCCAGGACUACUUCUCCCUGAAAGAGAGUGGGGCGCUGCUGGAGAGCGGCAUGUUCAAAGGGAAUUAUUACGGGACCCCCCGGCCGCUGCAGAUUGGACAGGACAGCCCCCCCAUCUCGUACCAGGAGCACCGCACCCUGCUGCAGAAAUUCAACACCCGCAGCAAGUCCCUGAGCAACCUGGAGAAAGUGGGAGAGGACGAGGACAGGAGUGAGGAGGGAGACUCGGGCCUGCCCGUCACAGGUGGCUGUGUGGCAAAUAACCCCGCCCCCCCGCUGUCCCCCAGCCAAUCGCGUGACUCGAGCGCAGGGGAGGGCAGCGAGCUGGAGAACGAAGGGGACGCUGUGCGGGGGAACUGGGAGACGGGGUUCAGCGCGAGCGAGGAGCCCUGCUUCAUGAGAGAGCGACAGGGUCCUACUACAGAACUGCUCUGUGGACUGAGCAUUGACCCUGCUUCAGAUAAACCAGGCUGCAGAUAUACCAGUCACAGCGGCAAGACAGACACUUGGCUGGAUCCCAGAACACAGACCAAGGAGACGCAGAACAAGACAGAAAAGAUGUCUAGGUUCACUGAUAAGGCGUCGGAGCUGAAGGGGUACUCUGUCUACACACGCCUCUCCAAGGGGCCUCAAGGAUUCGGGUUCAACCUGGUGGGGGGCAGCCAGCCCCAGGAGUUCCUGCAGGUGUACAGUGUGACCCCUGGGGGCCCCACAGCCUUGCGCACAGCUGAUAUCCUGGUCUUUGUCAAUGACACCUGCGUUCUGGGAAUGUCCCACAAGGAGGCAGUAGAGAUGCUCAAGUCAGUGCCCAGUGGCCACAGCGUGGACCUCGUUCUAAGAAGGGGGUACCCAAUGCUCUAUAACCCCGAUGGUUGCCCCAAACUGAAAGCCGACUCCUCGGCGACCAGCGAUCCCCUACAGGACGAAUCCGGCAGAUCCAACGGGUACCCCAGCAUUCCCAGCAUUCCCAGUAACGGAGUGCAGAAUGCCAGCAGCCUGAACGGCCUGCCUGCCUCCCACAGCGCCCUUGAUCACUCUUCAAUAUGCAACCAGAGGGCUGCACUGGCUGGCUGCAGCAAACCCAACCUGAAACUCACUAACCCACUCCCCAUCAAACCAGGAGCUGGAGGAGAGAGGGGAGGGACGGCAGGAAUGACCCCAGCCUCGAGAACAGAUUCUGGGGCAUCAAAACAGCAACCGGUGCCUCCUUUGCAGCCGACGACAGAUGCGGAACACAGAACAGACUGCGGAUUCCGGGGUUGCCCCGGCAACACCAAUCCGGGCUUGGCUGCCCAGGCUGGGGUUCCGGAAGUGGGCGGGGAGUACAUCCCCGUGCCGAUUGGACGCAGCGAGCAGGGGGCGGGGUUCACGGUGGGACAGGGAGGGCCCGGGGGCGGGCUGGCAGUGGUGAAGAGGGUGCUGGACAGGAAACAGUGUCCAGUCUUGGAGUCGGGAGACGUCAUUGUGAAGGUGAACGGGGCCAGCGUGCAGAGUCUGAGCGUCCCACAGCUGGAGAAGGUGCUGCAGGAGCACAUCAGGGAAGGGGACGUGGUGCUGCUGGUGUACAGAGAGGCCUCUCUCCGAUCCCCUCUCUCUCUCCGCUCGUCCCAGAACGGCUCCCAGUUAAACCAGCUGCCCAAGACCCCCAGCUUCAAAGAACCCAGUUCGAACUGCAGUGAAAAUGGCACAGAACCGAAUAAGUCUGACAGCCCGGACAAGCUGUCCCCAGUCCCAGUGCCCACACUGGAGUUCAAAAAGGCCCUCGUGAAUAGCACCAGCUUCCUGGAACCGGUUCCCUUGACUUUGACCCUGGAGCCCCGUGAAUGGCUGAACGCGGCGGGCCCCACAGGAAGUGCGCAGCCGGGACAGGAAGCCGUGACCCGGGAGGGGUCCCCAUGGGGCUUGGAGGUGGAGCGGAGGAGGCAGGACAAGGGGUGCGGGUUUGUGACGAGGCGCGAGGGCAAAGGCCCUGAAUUCAGGGACGGGAGCCCCAACCCGCACCUCACUCCCCGGGCCCAGACGGCUCCAGUAGGGCACAGAAUCAGGCCAGGGUCAGAGAACCCUGGAGCGAUAGAGGAGGAGGAGGAGAGUCCCAGGAGGUCGAAACUCAAAGAGGAAGAGAGAGACAGGACGAGGAAGAAGAUGUGGACAGCUGCUGCUGCAGCCCCUUCCAGCCUCCGCACCCCUGCCCCCUCGCAGAGGGAGCCCAGGAGACACAGGGGGGGAGGAGGGAAGGGGAGCAGUCAGAGUCCGUCCCGGGACAGAGAGGCGUGGGAGGAGGGAGGCAGACAGAGGGGUAGGAGGAGAGCGAGGGAGCAGAAAGGGAAGGCGGACAAGCGAUCAAAGUCUCUAGAAAGCAGCAGGAAAAUAGAAAAUGGGGGCAGCGGCAUUCGGAAUUCAUUAGAGGGACCCCCGGACACCCCCAAACAAGAACGCACCCCUUCCUGGAGCAGGACGGACGGGAGCAGUGAAGAGGAGGGAUUUGGAGAGAGUUCAACAGCCAGUGGAAAGCAGGGACCCCAGCGACCCACAAGCCCAGAAGCCGCGUCAGACAGACAGGUAGAUGGGUACCUGCUUUUUAAAGACCAGGGGCCACUGGUAAAGAGCACCAUGCAGCCAGGACCCUGGCUACUGCCCAGCAAGGAGCGGCUGUGUGAGGUUUUGGAAACCAAUACACUCAAACCGAACUGA